CUGGAAAGAUUCAUGGCCUCAUCUUCUAUGCUAACAUACUAGCAGCUAAUAGGUCAAUUUUCUUACCUAAUUUAAGCAAUUUUUUAACAGUUUUCGUAUCAUGGGUGAAUCUUGACUUGGGUAUUGAGACAUGCUUUUACAAUGGAAUGAGCUCUCAAUCGAAAGUGCUCCUUCAAAUUGUCUUUCCAGCUUACAUGUUUCUUCUGAUGUUCUUAAUAAUACUUUUGAGCAAGUACUGUGACUCAUUUGCAAAGCUCCUCUCCAACAGGAACCCAGUUGCUGCCCUAGGCACACUCGUCCUACUCUCUUAUUCCAAACUCUUACAGUUUAUCAUUGCUGCACUACAAAACAGGGUCUUGGAUUAUCCUGAUGGUUCAACCAAGACUGUUUGGUUGUAUGACGGCAAUGUGCAGUACUUCACUACCAAACACAUCUCUCGGUUUGUUGCUGCUGCCAUAAUUCUCAUUGCGGGUGGUUUGUUCACUAUACUGCUCAUUUUUGGACAAUGGUUUCCACACUGUUCAAAAGUUAUGAAAUGGACCAAGAACACAAAGUACAUUGGCUUCAUGGAUGCAUACCAUGCUCCAUUCACUCCCAAGCAUCGCUACUGGGUGGGACUGCUCCUCUUUGCUCUGAUCCUCCAUAAUCUAGUAGUUUCCAUGACUUCAAACACGUCUUUCGCUAUUCUAUCAUCUGGGGUUCUAUCAGUUGGACUGAUUGUUUGGAAACUAUUGAAUAAUCGUUUGUAUAACAACACAUUCUGUGGUUCCCUUGAAACUCUCUAUCUAUUCAAUGUUACUAUUCUAUCAAAUGGCGCCUUCAUUGUCAAAGAUACCACGAAAGAUCAGUCAGCACUAGCCAAUAUGUCAAUGGCUAUAUCAUUCACUCUAUUUGUGAUAACACUCUGCUAUCAUUUUUACCAAUUUGUACUCAAGAAGAGUAACACAUGGCUGAGGAUAGAGGACAUCUUAAGGAACUUAAGAGCUGGUGCUGCAGAGAGACGAGCCAACAAUGGUCGAGAAAUGUAUCAGCCAGUAGUCAAUGAAAAUGAUCAAGAUGAAUUGCUCGAAGUAGUAGAUGAUUAUGAACAAAGAGACCCCGUGGACCCACCUUACACUGAUGGAGCCAUGGAAAAGAAGCUGACCCUGAUCGUUACAUCAUUCCUCCCAUCAUCAGACCAGCCACGAGGUCGGACCAGCUGAGACUCUCCUACAUGGAUGAGCUAGCCCCCGUCACCACAGAGGACUACAGACCAGCCCCUCCCCCUACAAGAGUCAACCAUUGUCCUGUUGUUUCAUGCACACAAA